AUGGAUCCACACAGUGAAGAGGGUCUCGACAAUGCACCAAUCAAGUGCGGCGGCUUGGACUGCGAGUUCACCAACCCUCGCGAGGGUGAUCAGCGAGCCGCCAUCCUUCAACUCUCGGUGGCGUCCGAGAAUUUGGUAUUCCAGAUUUGUCAGGCUCAUGAAGUGCCACAAGUUCUUAAGGAGUUCUUGCAGGACGAGACCAUCAGAUUCUGCAGCGUGGCUAUCGGCAAGGAUCUGGAGAUGCUGAAUCCGUACGGUAUUCAUAUUACUUCUGUGUUCGACCUCCAGAAGAUACUACUGAAUCCGACAAAUAAUCCCAUUCCGAGUCUAUAUGAUCUGGCGAAUUCUAUCAUUGGGGCAAAUCUUGAGAAGAAGAAGAAGAGGAAGAAGUACAAGAAGAAGGACGCCGCGCAAGAAAAAGAAGAUGAACUGAUAUUUGGGUGGGCCAAUGUUCCAUUGAGCUACGAGCAAGUGCGCUAUGCCGCUCUGGACGCUCGUCUGGGCUUCGAGAUGGCUAGGAGUUAUUGGGAGCUACUUGGCUACAAUAGCCAUGUUGAUCGUCUCAACAUUUAA